CGGGGGCCAGAGCUGGCCCCAGCAUACAGGCUGCAGAAUAACGACCCCGUUUUGCUCCAAACUCUCCCAUCUUCCUAGGGGCCGGGGCAGGGAAAUGGCUGUGGUGGAUCCAGCUCAGGACUCCCCAUUCCCAACCUGCCCUGAUCGACGAGCUGGAAGCAGGGGAAGAGCCAUGGAUCCCGGAUCUCCAGGCCUCUGAGGAAAGCAACAUCCCAAGAGGCACCUGCACAGCAGGUGACAUGAGAAUGAGGACAGAAAUCCACAGCAGAAAGGUCCUGACCAAGUGGAACUGCAGGGGACGGUGAAGAGCUGGACAGUAUUUUUUCCCAGUGCUUGGAACAGAGAAAAGCCUGGCGUAAUCAGCACAGGCAGGCCUUGAAUUUACGAUGUUCGAGUUAUGACAAACGGCACUUACGCCGUUUAUAAAACUGACAUCCUGUUUUGACUUUCUGACAUCGUUUUUGACUUUCCGGCACCUGAGAGGACGCAACUCAAAGCCAGAGAACAAGUUCAUACGUUCACAGCGAUGUUCUGUGCCGCCCAUCUCCCUAAUUCAAGGUGCUCAAUUGCUAUUCUGACGCCAUUUUUACGUGGUGGAUCUUCGCACUUCCAAACUUUUUCUUAAAAUUUAGUGUUUCUUUGCCCAUAAUAAUGGCAGAAAAGCGAAAAUCUGGUGAAAGUGGUGUUUCUUCUUCUACGAAACAUAGAAGAAAUUUGAAUACAAAAAUUGAAAUAAUUGAGAGGUCCGAAAGAGGUGAGACGCCAACUGAAAUCAGCAGAGUUUUGGGGAUCCCCCGAUCAACUAUCGCAACCAUCCUGCAAAAGAAGGAAUGGAUUCAGAAACGUGUUAAGGGCUCGGCUCCUAUGCAAUCAACUGUGAUAACUAAGCAGCAUGUUGGACUUAUUGCCCAGGUUGAGAGAUUGUUAAUCAUUUGGCUGGAGGAUCAAUAUGAACGCUGUGCUCCGGUGAGCUCAGGCAGAAUUCGGGAAAAGGCUGGGAGUCUUUAUGACGAUCUAAAGAAACAAACGGGGGAGAGUUCUGACGCUGAGCCUUUUAAUGCAAAUGGGGAAUGGUUGAUGCGGUUUAAAGCCAGGGCCAAUCUGCAUAACAUGAAGGUCUCAGAUGAAGCUGUCAGUGCAGAUGAGGCAGGCAGCUCGUGUUUUUCCUAAGACAUUGGCUGAGAUCAUUGAAAAGGGUGGGUAUUGUGCUCAACAAGUUUUUAAUGUUGACGAAACUAGGCUCUUUUGGAAAAAAAUGCCGUCGAGAACCGACAUUGCCAAAGAGGAGAAAUCCAUGCCAGGGUACAAAGCUGCUAAAGAUAGGAUCACUCUUUUGUUCGGUGCAAAUGCUGCAGGUGACUUUAAACUUAAACCUUUGCUUGUGUACCGUUUGGAAAACCCCAGGGCUUUGCACAGAUAUUCCAAAGCAUUCCUCCCAGUGAUAUGGAAAUCCGAUCCUAAGGCACAGGUCAAUAAAGACAUUUUUGAGGAUUGGUUUAAUUAUCAUUUUGUGCCAAGUGUUUUUGCUGCAAUAAUCCCUGACAAUCUUGCAUUUAAAGCAUUGUUAAUCCUCGACAAUGCUCCUGGUCAUCCAACCAGCCUUGGUGACAUGCAUCCUGACAUCCAAGUGGUGUUUCUGCCCCCAAACACCACUUCCUUGUUGCAACCCAUGGAACAGGGGGUAAUUGCAUCGUUCAAGGCCUACUAUCUCAGGAGCACAUUUGGUCAGGCCAUCUGGGAAACUGAGAAGCAAGGUGGACCAACUCUGAAGGAAUUCUGGAAGAGCUUCAACAUUUGCCAUGCAGUUAAGAACAUUGAUGAGGCAUGGAAUGAAAUCAAACAACCCGAUUUGAAUGGUGUUUGGAAAAAAUUGUGUCCUGAUUUUGUGUCUGACUUCAAAGGCUUUACUGACACUGUUAAAAAGGUGACCAAAAAUGUUGUUGAAAUGGGCAAAGACCUGAACUUAGACAUUGCACCAAAGGAUGUUGAGGAGUUGCUGGCAUCACAUUCUGAAGAAUUAACUAAUGAGGACCUCAUUGAAUGGAACCGCAAAAAGUGGCAGAGGAACAAGAAGAUGCACCCACUGUUCAAGAGACUCCUCCUCGUAAAGUCUUGACAAUAAAAGUGUUGGCUGAGGCAUUUCAACAUUUGGAAGCUGCCAUGUCCCUGUUUGAGGAGCAUGACCCUAACAUUGAACGCAGUGCACCUGUGAAUAGGGACAUAUACAACACGUACUGCUGCUACAGAGAAAUUUACAAGGAA